UUUCCAUUGACAUUUGACAAUCCUGACGUUUCUUCAGUAUAUUCUGUGGUUUCUUCCUUUUUGUUGUGUGCAAUGGCGCCGACUAUAGAAAAGAAAACGAAAACUGUUAAAGGACUGCCCGCAGUUCCCGAAUCGGUUUUAAAACACCGUAAGAGGAGGGCGGCAUCCCGGGCCCAAAGAUUACAGUCUGAAAUUAAAAAGAAGUCUGAUCAGAUCAAGAAACGUAAAGAGAUCUUCAAAAGAGCCGAACAAUAUGUUAAGGAAUACAGGUUGAAAGAACGCGAUGAAAUCAGGCUUGUUCGCCAAGCUAAAACUAGAGGAAACUUCUAUGUACCUGCACAAGCAAAAUUGGCAUUUGUGAUUCGUAUUAAAGGUAUAAACAAAGUUUCCCCUAAAAUCAGGAAGGUUUUGCAAUUGUUCCGCUUACUCCAAAUCAAUAAUGGAGUAUUUGUUAAACUAAAUAAAGCCACCAUCAAUAUGUUGAGGAUUUGUGAACCAUACAUUACCUGGGGAUAUCCUAAUCUGAAAUCUGUAAGAGAGCUUAUAUAUAAGAGAGGAUUUGCCAAAGUUAAUGGACAGCGUAUUCCUAUCACCAGUAAUCAGAUCAUUGAAGACAGGUUGAGUAAAUCUGGAAUUAUUUGUGUUGAAGAUUUGAUCCAUGAACUCUUUACUGUUGGACCUAGUUUCAAAUAUGCCUCGCACUUUUUAUGGCCAUUUAAGCUCAACACACCAACAGGUGGAUGGCGUAAGAAAACUAAUCACUAUGUCGAAGGUGGUGAUUUUGGUAACAGAGAAGAUAAAAUUAAUGAACUUCUCAGAAGAAUGGUUUAAGCCACUUAAAAGUUAUUUCUAAUAAAUUAUAGAAAACAGAA